AUGGCCGAAGACAAGAAGACCGAUGAUUAUACGAUUGAGAUGGAUAAAUUAGACCAGGGGAAUAAGAAUUUCGAGGCCGCAGCGUCGCCUCCCCAGCCUCGAAGUCCUCCAUCCAAUACGCUUUCCCAUAACCCCAUCUUGCCUGUACUGGCAUAUUGUGGGUCGUCGAUUUUGAUGACCGUUAUGAACAAAUAUGUUCUCUCUGGUCUCGAUUUCAACCUCAACUUUUUUCUCCUUUUGGUUCAGUCUGUAGUCUGUAUCGUCGCGAUCCAAACAUGCAAGACUUCCGGCCUCAUCACUUACCGCGAUUUCAGCACCGAUGAAGCCAGGAAAUGGUUUCCGAUCUCUUUGCUGCUGAUUGGCAUGAUCUACACCGGCUCGAAGGCACUUCAGUUCCUCUCGAUUCCCGUGUACACCAUUUUCAAGAACCUAACCAUUAUUCUCAUUGCGUACGGAGAGGUGCUUUGGUUCGGUGGCUCGGUCACUGGCCUGACGCUGUUUUCCUUUGGACUAAUGGUCCUGAGUUCUAUCAUUGCUGCGUGGGCCGACAUUAAGCAUGCAGUUGAGAGCAGUUCGGAUGCGACCGCCAAAGUUUCAACUCUGAAUGCCGGGUACAUUUGGAUGCUGAUUAAUUGUCUCUGCACAUCAUCCUACGUACUGGGGAUGCGCAAGAGAAUCAAGUUGACCAAUUUCAAAGAUUUCGACACCAUGUUUUACAAUAAUCUGCUGUCGAUCCCCAUCCUCAUCGUGUCUACUGUCUGUCUGGAAGACUGGUCGUCAGCAAACAUCAAUCGCAAUUUCCCCUCAGCCGACCGUAACUUUAUUAUGUUUGCGAUGAUCCUGUCGGGUUUGUCGUCGGUGUUCAUCUCCUAUACUUCUGCCUGGUGCGUCCGUGUGACCUCUUCGACUACUUACUCCAUGGUGGGAGCCCUCAACAAACUCCCCAUUGCGGUCUCGGGCUUGAUCUUUUUCGAUGCUCCAGUUACAUUCCCUAGCGUCUCUGCUAUCGUCGUGGGUUUCGUCAGUGGCAUCGUGUACGCCAUCGCCAAAAUUAAGCAAAAUGCCAAGCCUAGGACAGGCCUUUUGCCAACAUCCAACCCUCCAGUCAGUGCCAGCAGCCAGAGCAUGAGGGACUCUCUGCGAUCUUAG